GACAAACCUAAUACCUCCAAAUUCUAAUGAAAACUAAAAGAGAAAAUGGCAUCUAGCCUCUUUUUUUCUUUCUUCUUUUUUGGUAAGAGGGCAUCUAGCGUCUUUAAAUUACUCAUCACAUGACAUCACGUGUCACUAGUUGACUCCACAAGCUUGAAAGAUUCAUAGUUCAAUGCCCACAGGAGCCUCCCGCCGUUUAAAUUUCUAUUUCCCAUUCUAUUCCACGAGGAAACUGCACUGUGAGUAACCCCAGAAGUUCCCAAGAACUCUCUUUCUCCAUGCCCUGAACUAUCAUAUAUGUGUGUGUAUAUAUAUAUAUAUAUAUUAUAAUUAUAUUAUAAUUAUAUAUAUACAAGUCCAAAAACUCUUCAAUAUAUACCAAUACAAGCACUGAAACAUAACACAAGCCUAGCUAGUGAUCCACCAUGUCGAAGCAAAAUCAUCAGCCGUUCAUCCUGGAGAUCACUAUACUAUCAGCAGAAGGCCUCAACACCAGCUCUGCAGCUCUCUUUUCACACCGGAUAAGACCCUUCAUCACCUUCACCACCGCCCUACCCAGUCCGUACAACCCCAAGAAGGGUGAUAAGAAGUGCCACGUGUACAGUACAAGGGUGGAUGAUGAGGGAGGCACCAACCCCACCUGGGGUGACAAGUUUCGUGUCCCUCUAGACGCCACCUUCUUCACCGACAUUUACUCCUCCGUUUACCUCCAACUCUACACCAAGAGGCUCAUUGUGGGCCAGGCACAACUGGGCUGGUGUCAGAUUCCGGCCCACGACAUUGGGACCCCGCCGGUCGGGUCAGUUCGGUACCUGAGCUACCGGUUACGGGCUAGAGACGGUUCAAGGAGCCAAGGAAUUGUUAAUCUUGCAAUAAAGUUGGAAGCUCUAGACCCCGUCGCCGGCCAAAGGGUUUUUUUAGAUUCAGAAUCGCCAAACGCUGACACGCGGCAGACGGUGAUUGGUAUACCGGUGGCGUUGUCCCACCCGUGGGACUCCGUGAGCGUGAGUUCAAGAUGCUGACCGCAGAGCCGUUGGUUUUCGAAAUGAAGUCGGUGACGUGUCGUGCUUGAGCCUAUCCAGUUGUAGUGCAUCAAUGAUUUGGUUGUGGGGUUGUGGUUGGAUUGCCUUCUAAUGGGCGCCAUUUUCUUUUGUGUUUUAUAAAGACGAGAGCUUGACUUUUGUAUAACUCGCCAAAUUUCAAUCAUUUUUGUUUCGGAUUCCAGUGAGUGCACUUUGGCUACAACGAGUGGCUUUUCCUUGGAAUCAGGCAACUUUGUUCAAGAUUUCCAAUUUCUUUGUAUCAAUAAGAAUGGUUGUCUUAGUGUCA